UUAGUUGUUAAAACAUAACCUCGAACGAAAAACAUUCAAUGUUGUUAUUAGGAUAAAAUUUGACUCGAAUUCGUUGAGUAAAAUAAAACAAAUCAAUGGGUAAAGUGUUAUCGGUUGCCACACGAAAGGCACGUCGAUUUAACGCGGAUAAUCGUGCACAUCGAUUCUUGGACAAGGAAAAAUUGGAAGCUGCACCAAAAUUCGAAUCCAAUAUAAGGGACUACCAACGAGUUCUCGAAGAAAAACCAGACUUUGCCCAACUGGAAAGCAAAAAGAAUUCGGUGUUGGACGAACGUUUGAAACAAGUUUACGUAACAUCAACAGAUCCUGUAGUGCAGGCUAGUUCGUCUGAUGAUCAAACCAAUAAACCGCUUCCAUUAGAUAGAAAAGCUGUCCAGGAUUUCGAAUUCGGCUAUUUGGAACCGGAACAGGCUAUGAGAGGUCGUGUUACUCUGCGACAAGCACUGACAUUCAUCAGUAAACAUAGCGCAGAGCCGGAAACAUGGACAAUUGAAAAGAUAUCCGACGAAUAUAAACUGAAGCCGAGUGUUGUUGGUAGCAUAUUGAAACAUUUUCAGACGUUUGAGGUGUACAUACCGGAAAAUAAGGAGGAAGACAAAGUUUUGACGAAAGAUCGCCUUAAGCAAUUAUGGCACAACGAACCAAAACCGUUGCCGCCACCCGAAUACGGAGCGGAUGAAAUGUUUGAUCGUUUAAGGAAGGAGCACGACGAAAACCAGCAGAAGAAAGAUCAGGAGAAGAAGGAGCAGAAGGAAAGGAGUUGGAACCAACGGAAGUUGGAGUAACCCGAGAGAUUCCGAGUAGUCAGCAAUGUUACUGUAGUUGUUAACGGUGAAUAAUAAAAAAAAAAUGUUAUCCGAGA